UGUAUACACGAAUGAUUAAUUUGUUUCCCUAUUAAUAUUAUUUAAACAUUUCCUCUUAUUUCAUAUCCGAACGCCAGAGGAAGUUCCACGACCCCAUCCCCUGCUUCAUUCGACCGUUCCGUUAUAGCAUGAACGGCAGGCAGACAUAGCUCUAAAAUAAUAAUAUCGCCGGUAACACAUUCAUUAGGACAUGCGCCUUGGUUAAAGGACUAACAUUCCCGAUAUGCCUUUCGUUUUAAUGUCAUUCCUUCACAUAGCAUUUUAUCCCGAUUUGCUUUCUUUUUCCAUACUUAGUCUGCUAUUUCCCUCUCCCUCUUUUCAUAACUGUGUGGGGACCGCAGUGUGACGUCUCUGCGGCUCCUCCCUCUUUCGUCACAGGCACUUUGGCCAGUCACCUUGAAGCGCCUGUAGGAGGAAGGUUUUGCAUUAGCAUAAUGUUGCUAAGCAGUUAUAUACUUCGAGUGACGUUAAUAAUACACACAGUAACCGCAAAAGUUAUCAUGGACUCAUCCCUUCUCCCUGAACGGGCUUCAAUUCACCGAAGGAGGAACUUGAUUUCAAUCUCCGACAACCUUGAACGUGAUGCUACACAACAAGACGAGGUGCAUGAGUAUGCGUCUCCCAAGCUGACCGAUUUUGAACCUUUUCGAAAUGAUGGAAGAGCUCGCCAUCAUCAUGCGCCAUCACAUGAUGCACCACCGUUUGUUAUCCUCGAGACGAAGAAGAAACGACCAACCAAAAGCAGUACGACAGAGGACCCAGGAAUGCGAUCAAAAGGGGAUCCAGACAGAGUGAGAAGAGGAUCAGAAUCUACGCCGAGAGAGAAUGCAGAGAUAGAGAGAAGAGGAUCAGAAUCUUCACGGAUGUCGAGGAACAGUCUCAGUGAGAGCGAGGGAACACCCGACCGGAAAUUCAGGGGAAAAAGGUCGAGUGGAGACAAUGUUGUGGUCGAAGGUCGAAGGAAAAAGGCAUGUCCACCGGCUUAUCCUGACGGGGAGUUCACCAUAUUUGGAUUCCUCAGCUUCAGCAUCCUCAUGGCGCAGUUUAUCGUAAACGUGAGUUACCAACACUGUAACAGGUAUCGGAGUCGGUGGCAGGAGUUUCGGGAAUUGUGUUUGCAGAAAAGACGAGCGACUCUGUGGUAUUCCCUCUAAAACGAAGUCCGGCUUCCUAUGGUUUAAUGAGUCUUCUAAUGA